AAGGGUUGUCUACGUCAGAGGCGCGCGUUCACCACAACAAGUAGUAGCGUUAGCGGUUAGCACGGCGGUGUUUUACUGAUUUAUUAUGGUCUUUUAUUGUGAUAUUUUAAGAUUUUCCGCUUGUAUAGUGAAGUAGAUGUUGUACUCGUUAUCGCUCUGUCGUGUUACAGUGUAAUUAACUGUAAUAGUGUUUUUUUGCGGUGGUUCGCUUUAAUUUUCUGGCAGUGUUUAUAGCGUUACUGGGUUGCGCCGUUUAAGCGUAAGUUCGUGCGUAGAUUUACGUUACGUAAGCGCUCUUUUGACGUUACUUCGUUUCGCACUAUCAUUUUACUGAAUUCGGUUGCCGUAAAUAAAGUCUUAGUUGCUAAAAAAUCGAGUGUAUUCGCUUUUAACCAGAGGUAAACUUUAACUAGUUAUUGCUAACAAGCUACACGGGAAACACUGAAGUCUCUAUGCACUGAUAUUCUGUGGAAAACAGGGCCUGCCAGCACUGCUGCUCGAUAAUAGCAAAAAAUGAUAAUCGCGAUUAUUUUGGUCAGUAUUGAGAUCACGAUUGUUUAACGCGAUAUCGCAUUGACUUAUUUAUUGAAAUAAAAAAAAACUUUUUUCCAUGAACUUUAAAUGUAAUUCAACCGAAAAAUCACAUCGAAAAAGAAAUAUUAAAAAAGAUAUAUAAACAUUUAAAUAAUAUAAAAAUAAUGUCAACCAUGUUAUAGGGCUCUUCCACAACCUACGAAAAACUACCAAACAUAUGUAAAAAUAAUAAACAAAAAUAAAGUAGACCAAAAUAAAUUAGAUGAAUUUUGGCUUUUUGGGAGGGGUGAAUUCACGGCAUUGUAAAGGAAAGAGGCGUGCCGGAUUUGUGAGACAAAACAAGGCGAAACGGCACAACAAUCGUCUCCAAUAUGUUUUUAUAGUUGUUGGAAGCCAAAAUUGUAAUUGAAAAUAAAAUUAAAUUAAUCACCCAGCCCUCCUUUCCAGUUCAGCGUUUUAAACAGAAUUGAAGAAACCUGAAUACCUGUAGCAUUGUUUUUAAAUUCACUUUGAAAUUCCUGAAAGUGCACCAUUUUUUUUCCUAACUAUUCCUACUGUUAGAAGCAACAUGUUUGCAGAAGUGGAGCUGAAAGUUAUACAAGAACCGAAGUGUAGCUGGUGACGUAGUAUGAGGCUGCUUGAUUUGCGAUGAGCUCGGAGUGACAGAGCAGCCACAUCUUAACGUCUUGGUGAUGGACGACGAAGAGGAUCUGGAGUCACUUGGGGAGAAGCUGUAUGAUCUGAUCUAUCCCAAACAUGCAGAUAUGGCUCCAAAACUAACAGGAAUGCUGCUCGAGUUGCCAGGAGCUGUGAUUGGUCAGAUGCUGCAGGAUGAAGCGCUCCUUACCAAAGCACUGGACAGAGCACUUGCAGCCUUGCAACCUGACGGCAGCAAACCGCCGCCAACAAAGUCUGAUGAUGCAGACUCCGUCUCCUCCGACUCUCUGGGUGAACAGCUGUACGAUCUCAUUGACCUCUUCAACACUGGACACACUCAGAAAAUAACAGGUAUGCUAUUGGAGCAGAGAAAGGAGGCGGUGCUUCAGCUGCUGUCAGACCCCACCCUGCUGGAGGAGAAGGUCAAAACGGCCCUAAAAAUUUUAGAAGAUAUGUCUGGCUGUGGGCAGAGCCAGGGGGAGACUGACGUGAGCGACAGCUUGGGCAAAGAUGAAGUAGAAGCUAUCGGAGAGACGCUUUUCGGACUCGUGCAGGACAUAGAGCCCGCCCACUGUGCUGACAUCACAGGGAUGCUGCUAGAAAUGGACUCUUCGACUCUGCAAAAGAUCCUGUCUGAUCGGGCCAUGCUGGAGGUCGCAGUUCAGCGGGCAAAGAAUGCUCUGGAGGGCGCCUUGAGUUGAACACAGCUGGAGAGCAGGUGAAGACCAAGUGGAAAAUGAAAAGGCAGAACUGCCUUUUCAACAUGGACAGUUGGUUGUGUUUACAUGUAAUCAAUAAUCGGAUUUCUGCAGUUAUCUGAUUAUUCAAAUGGUCAUGUAAACACCAUAAUUCGAAUUCUUAGAUCGGAGUAAGGUCUAGAAAUCCGAUAAAGAGAGCUGGAAUUGAGCUCAGUGAUCAGAUUUCUCAGUGCAUGUGAACUCUGAUUUCUUUCAGAUUUCUGAGUUUGUGAAUGCGCGAGAACUAAACGAUAUGAAAAUAAAUAAGCAGCGUUGCAGCGAGACGAAGCAAAACACUUUUGGAGCGACACUGAAACCAAAUACAUGCUUGUCAAAAUGAAGGAUUUAAAUAUUCUUCAUCUUCUAGAUGACGCAUUUUCAUAUUUUCAGGUAAAGUGGCUCGAUGUAAAGUUGUAGCAUGAAUUUCGUGUUUUACGUUACGUUUACGUCCUCUGCGAGUUUAUUGGCUGGUUGUAAAGCAGAAAUCCGAUUAUUGUCUGACUCAUGUAGACCUGGAGUUUCCCCAUUAUCUGAUUACUCAAGUGCUCAACAUGAUCAGAUUACUGACAAAAUCUGAUUCUUGCAGUUAACAGAUUAUUAAGUGCAUGUAAACAGUUUCCCAAUCCUGCUCCCUUAGUCAUCUGAAAUUUGUUUUUCCUGCUCUAAUCCACCUAAAUCAGCACAUAAGCUUAUUCCUGAAAACCUUUAUAAGCUUCAAAUAGGCAUGUUAGAGUUCUUUUCUGUCUUAAUGUAUGGGGAUGGUUGCAUCAAAAGCAUUCCCAUGUUUACACCUAUGCUGUUUAGUAUAUAGUGUCAUAAUUACCAGAUCAUAGCAAGGGGGGUCCUUGUUUAUUUUGUUCCAGAAUGAUAUUGUAAAUACAUUUUUUUGAAGAGUUUAGCAAACGUUUAGCUACAUUCCUUUUAAUAAACAGACUCAAAUUUGCAUGGUUUACAUGUUUAAAAACUAUUUACAGUGUUAUAAACCAUAUAUUAUUCGCUGUUUUAACACUCAAAUAAACGAAACCAUUCAGCCUUUCAGUUCGCUUUCAAAUGAGGAAGGAAAUUAACAUUCGGCACAUCCUGCCAAGUGCUAAAGAGCUCAAAAAUAUCUUUAUUUUCAUCACUUUGUUUCUUGUCUUGUCAAGAGUUUUACAGUCAAUUAAACACAAUGAAUAAGUCCAGGCUUCCUUCAGAGUAAUCCAUUGGAAUUACUAAACAACUCACUUUUGCCAUGGAAUGAGACCAGCAACAGAGGGGGAUUAUGUGAAAAGCUGAAGUUUACGGCAAAGAAAUAAAAUCAUGAAAAUCAUCUUUAAAAAAAAAAUCACGAGAA